UAAGAUUUUUCAACUGACAGCACAUAGCAAUGUUGACUACCUCAAGCUCUCCAGCUCCAGUCUACACCUCCCAGAGCAUGUUUUGGCUGAUCCAAGCUCUUCCACUUCUUUUCUGCUUUGGCUCAGCUACUGAGACUCUGGCACCACGCUACCCCAAGCCACUGGGCCUGCAGAACCAAUGGCCCUCCUCUGCCUGCUCAGAACUCCACAGUUCCAGACCAGCUGGGCCUCAGGGACACUGUGCACCCACCUGCCCCUUGGAAGUUCCACAGCUCUCCAAUCGCAGCCGGGUUAGGGUACUCACCACAGGCCCCGGUGCCUCGGGAACCUGUGAUCCCUCCCUGCUUGCAGAGAUAUCCACAGUCCUCCAAACACACCGAGAGGCCGAUGCAGGCACCCCAGAUCCGCCCAGCCCCUCCUCUGCACACCGAUGGCUAGGCACGGCAGCGAAACAGGCUGGGCUCCGGGGAUAGUGUGGACCCGCCCACCCGUUGGAAGCUCAGCAGUUCUCCAAGUGCAGCCAGGAUGGGGAGGCAGAUGUAGAGGCCUCAAACCCACUACUCCACUUCACUGCACCCGGAAGCCUGGAGGGUCCGGAACAGUCUGAGAUUUGGACAGAGUGUGCUGAGCACUCACCACAGGCCGCAGUGCCUCAGGAACUUGCGAUCCCUCCCUGCUUGCAGAGCUAUCCACAGUCCUCCAAACACACAGAGAGGCUGAUGCAGGCACCCCAGAUCCGCCCAGCCCCUCCUCUGCACACCAAUGGCUAGGCACCUGACAAAGUUUCCAAACAAGAUAAUAGGAGAUUAAUAGUGGGAAUGCAGCUUCACAGAGCAGCUCAAGCACAAUGGUGGUGAACGGGGUUGUCGGGGAGUCAGUAACUCUUCCCGUAAAGUUUCCAGCAGAAAAGAAGAUCCAAGCAGUCAGCUGGAGUUACAAUAUGACAUUUAUCGGCAUCUGCCAACCAUCUGAAAUGACAAAUACCUUGAUUCUCAAUCCUGCAAAUAACAAGAAGAUGAACUACACCCAGUCCUGUUUCUUACACUUCAGCAACCUGACAAGGAAAGACUCGGGACCUUACCGGGCCCAGAUAAACACGCUCACCUUUGAGACUUUGUUUUUUGAUUUUGCUCUAAGAGUCUUUGAACGACUGCACAACUUACAAGUUUCUCAUCACAUUCAAUUAUCUGGGAAUGGAACCUGUGAGAUCCACCUGACUUGCUAUGUAGAGAACCCAGAUGAUAGUGUCUCAUUUGAGUGGCAGCUCUCAGAAAACAUCUUUCUAAAUGAAACAAAUCUCACCGUCUCCUGGGACUCCAAGGAUUCCAGGGACCAGAGCUACGUAUGCACAGCCAAGAACUCUGUCAGCAAUGUAUCUUUCCCUGUCUCUGCCAAGAAUCUCUGCAAAGACAUUUUAACUAAAGACAAUCUACACUGGAAAAAUCUAACCUGGAUUAUAAUUUGUGUGAUACUUAUAAUCACCUUUAUAUUGAUGAUUAUUUGCAAGAAAAAAACAGAUGCCCUUCAUUUGCCUACUCAGCGUCCCGGGCUUGAGGGAGACUCUGAAGCUUCAGGGCACCUCAAGGUCACCCCUCAUCCAAGAGCAGGGCCCUUGGACAACACAGAGCUUGCUUCCAUCUCUCCGGGGAGCACAGUGUAUGCGCAGGUCACUCAUUCACAGCCGAAAGUGAAUAUCCUACCACAUACAAAAAACAAUGAUUCUGCUACAAUUUAUUCCACAGUUAAUCAUUUUAAACAGAAUAAGUCCACUUCUUCCUGUGCAAGUGCCCUUUAUAUUGACAAGUAAGUUGCAGAUACACUUCAAAGAAAAUCCAGAAAGACAGAUCUUAUGAUUCCAUUGGAAACAACAAAAAAGAAGAAACUUGGUUUUCUGCCUGGUAAUAGAAACUGAAUCCUAGGUGGGACCAUCACUUCCAGUCUUGAGACUCGAACCUGUUGGCCCAGGCAAACUCCUAAGGAGAAACAUCACCUCCUGCAUAUGAACCAAGUGAUGAGUUCCAGUUGACUCCAGGAUAAAACAUGCUUUGGAUAACAUCCCUGCAUAUUGACUUUCUCUUUGAUAAUGAAACAGAGUUAUGGCUUGCAGAUUAUAAUUCAUCAGGUAACCAUGUCUCAAAUUUUAGAAAGCAGCAUGUUGACUACAAACAACAGAAGAGAAAAACAAAAGUUAUCUACCUUAAAUUAACCUUACAUACUGGCUACUAAUUAUAUUAUGAAUCCAUGAAACAGGAUGAGCACCAAGCUUCAUCAGGAAAAACGAAGACUUGAAGAAAGAGAGUCAUGGAUGCUUCAGAAAAGGAGAGGGACAAGGAAAGGUUCAUAGUGGGGACCAGAGGCAGAAAGACGCUGUCAAGUCCCCUUGUUGCUUUGUCGCCUUCUACCCGCCAUGAAUACUUUCCUCCAUGAGGCGUGUUUGCCACACCACCCUGCCUCAGAGCCAUCCAGUUAUGGAUUGAAAUCUCUACAAACUGUGAAACAAAUAAAACUUUUUCCUUUUAGGGUGUUGGAUCAGCAAGGUAACUAAGACACAAGUAUUCAGCAAAACUGUUCAACAAAUGAAUAUGUAAUCGAUUUUGUGAGAAUUAAAUGAGACAAUACAACAGA